CAUGCGAGGGACAUAAAAGAGGCAAUGGCGAGGAAUGACACUCAAAACAGACAUAUUGUGGAAAGAAUUACAGCCUAAUAUCUCUUCCAACGCUAUUUUGGCUACUGAAAAUACUUCAAAGAGAGAUUGUAAUUUUGAAACAACAGACUGAUAAAAAGAAAAUGCCAGUUGAACGUGUACCAGUUGUCCACAAAUUUGGCAUUAUCUCACACACUCAACGUCUGACUUUGGAGGACAGACUUGCUAAGAAAUCACUUGCCACUAAACCACCACGUACGUUCUCUAGGACGAGAAGGUUGCCCUAUGAAGUGACAGAGGAUUUUAUUGCCAAGUUCAAUGAUAGUAAUGAAGAUGACAGAAAAGAACUUGAAGGAUUUGCCCUCAAAAUGAUAUCACGAGUCAAGAGAAGAGCUGGUAUCAUAGCCGGGGGGCAAGGAGACCAUGUUGAUCUAGCUAAAUCAUGGACAGAAUUGGGAUUACUGGCUCAAUGUACAAACAGACAAGUACAAGAAGAAUCUCUAGAAUUGCUGAUCACCUCUCUUGGUCAUGCCCCACCAGCUGCAGAUCAGGUUCCUAGCUUGUUUUAUCUUGCAAAAAGUUGUCUUCAUUGGUUGAGAAAGUGUGGAAUAACUCAGUCAUGCUUGAGAACAGCUGAGUUAAAACUCAUCAGGAUGGGUCAUCUGGCUUUUUCAAGAUUGUAUUAUCACAACAUGACACAAGAUCUCAAGGAAUACCAGGAUGAAAAGUGUUCCUUACUCCAAUACCUCUCAGGGUUUCCAGAGGAACAUGAAGCAGCUUACAAAUCAUUUCCUGGUGUUUUGCUUGCUGUCAGGUACAUACAAGAAGUGGGCCAGCUUAUUUGCACUGGUUGUGAGGAGCCUAAGCAAGCAGAAUCUUUAGUUGUGGAGACUUUACCAGACACAGGGGCUACACACAAGACAGAGACCACAAACCAGGACAAACAAGGGGUAACAGCAGCACCUGUAGGGAACACGACUGAAGGAGGGAGAGUUGGGUUAACUUUGUUAUUGGAGGAAGAGGAAGAAGAACAGGGCAAUGGAGAUCUGGUACAAGUCCAAAGUUUUUUACCUCUUAGAUAUUUCUUGAUGAUAGCAUGGCUUGUUGGAGCAGAAUGCCACCAUCAGAGUGUGUGUAGUAGUUACAACUAUGAUAAGUCUCUCUUGUAUCUUUGUAGGAUGGAUGUCUGCUGCGCUUUUCAAGUACUCACGGAAGUGUCUAAACGUGAUAUUGCUGUUCUGCGCACUUUUCAAGCUUUAGCCGCUGGUAUGUUUACCAAACCAGCGGAGAUAUCAGAAGUGCAUGCGCGUCACAUUCACGUUUGCAACAACUGUAUGUCAACGAUAACUGGGCACCAGUCCUUAUCGAGCCCAGACUUACAUGACGAUGGUUUUAAGCUGAAUCAGGAAAGAACUCGAUCAACUUCAGGCUUCUCAUCUGCUGCGAAGACUCCAAGUUUUGUUAAAGGAUUGCGUGACUUUGCUAACCUCGGCCUUGAAAAUGAUAAAGCUAAUCAGUCAGAACAUGUGGCGGAGAGCAUCAAGUCACGCAAUAUCUUAAGUGACACAUCUGAGGCAAGUUUUGCUGAUGUAAGUAGCGAAGAAAGUGAACACCAUGAAAGAUCUGGAUUUGUACGUGGCAAUUCGGCGAGGAAUUUGUCCAAAACCAACAAGAAAACAAAGAGAACAAUUGCCGUUGAAGCUGAAAGUUCCUCUGAAUCUGAAGAAGAGAUAGAAAAACCACUAAAAUCACAAAUAAAGAAAUCAAACCAAACAAACAUUCAGGAAAAGGAAACUCAUGGAUCCACAAGAGCACACGGUGGCAUAGCGGUGCGAUUUAAUGUCAGACAAACAGAGUUUUCGGAUCCUGGGGCUGGAGUCCCUGCGGUACGGAUGGAGAGAUCAGUAACUAAAGAGAGUCUGUUCAGUGUUCCUACACGAGACAGCUCUGUUACUCUCCAGCUAGAAGACGAAGAUGACAGAAUUAGCGUCAAGACUGGCACGUCUCAACUCUCAAGUCCACCUGGAUUGACGGGGUGGCGCUGGGAACUAGCUUAUCUCUACACAGACUGUAUGACGUCAGUCUGUCUAAAUGGUCAGAGCUCCACCAUCCAGAAAACCGCCCUGCUUGGGAGUGAGGCUAACCGGAAAGUUACUUUAUAUGGUAAAAGACAUGACAUGGUUCAUGAAGGCUUGGGACUCCUAGAUCUGCUUAAAUUAAAUUUUUCCGCAAAUCAAGUUCCUCAGUUCGCUCAUAAAGAUUGGAGCUGGAGAGUCAGGUUUGCAGCCGUGCAGGGCCUGGUACGUAUAUGCCGUCAGUGUAGUGAUGAUGCAACAAAAGACGGAAUACGCGGAGUGGCCUGGAAUCAACUCAUGAGGCAUCAUUCCCAAGAGAGAGAUGUACGUGUCUUGGAGGCCUGGAAAUUAGCUCAGAUUGAAUCAGGUCUCGAUAACAAGAUCCCCUCACUCGAUGUCAUCAACUCCUCAUUCCCUACGUGGGCUGCGAGCAGAUUGUCAGCCGUUUUACUUCCUUCACUUCCACCCGUCGUACCACCCAGCUCUCGCUCCAAGUCUCGAGCACGUACAAGUCGGUCAAGACCAACAGCGCCUGUUGUCAAGAGAGGCCCCAAGCGUCCUUCGUUAAGGCAAGAGAUUCUCUUGGCUACAGCGGCCCGUGAGCCUCAACCCGAUUACAACAGCCGUAUGAACCACGACUUAAUGCUGGUCAUAGAGGACCAGUGGAGGAAACAGCUUCACGAAGAACAGAAGAAGGAGGAAGAAGAGAGGAAGAUAGAGGAAGCAACCAAAGUUGAAGUCAUAGUGAGGAAGGAUAGAAGACGGACUAUCCAGGGGAGCGGUGUGGGUGAUAAUAAAAGGAAGGAGAAUGGUGGAGGAGAAGUCUAGUAAGCAGGUUAUUGUAGAUGAGGUACGGAGUAAGGGAGAUGAAAGAAGGGUAAGGUGGCAAGGGCGGCAGGUGACUUUGGAUGAGUAAUUGCUGGAACCGGCGGACAAAGAAGUAGACGACAAGAUUUUAGAUUUAGAUUUAGUUUUAGUCCAUUUUCACUGCAUUAAGUUUUGCAGUGGGGAAGGACUAGAAAGGAACAUAGGAACCAUUCGUAAGCGAAACAGAGUGAAGAGAAGCUAAGAUAAAAGUCAUAAGAAUAAAUACCAAGAAUAUAUGAAGAGCCCAAAAGAAUCCUCUGUAAAUUUGGAAUGAACUACAACGUGUGGCUUUUUGGUGCAGGUCGAUCAACUUUCAAACAAUUGAAUAAAUAUCUAAUAUUUUUGUCAACAUC